AUGGGUGAGGUUGAAGGGUUGAAGCAAGGAGCUAAGAUCCGUGGAAAUGGUAAGAGAAAGGGAGAUGGGUUUAGCAACAAGUGCGCGUCUUUGGUUAAGGAGCAACGUGCUCGCAUCUACAUCCUGCGCCGCUGCGCCACCAUGCUUCUCUUUGGAUUUGCUGUGGUAAGCGAGGCCACCUUAAUCUUCUCUCGCCGUUUGUUUCUUUUUACCCAUUUGGACGACGGAGGAUCCAAGCCAUUGGGGUUUUACGGGGACAGGAAACUUUUACAGACUCGCUUCUGUUUGCUUUUUCCACAUUCUGGGAAGGUGAUGGCCAAGGUUGCAUAA